GGCCCCGCCGCCGCGGGGCGGGGCCGGCGACCGCGCCACUUUAAGAGGAGGUGCGUGGCGGGAGGCCAGACAGACGGACUGACGGACGGACGGAGGACGCGCCAUGGAGACCGCCAGGGACUACGCGGGAGCGCUCAUCAGGCCUCUGGCGUUUAUGGGUUCACAGACUAAGAAAGUGCUGCUAACGCCCAUCAUGCCUGCAGCUCGCCCAUUCCGGGUCUCCAACCAUGACCGGAGCAGCCGACGUGGAGUAAUGGCCACCAGCUUGCAGGAGCUCAUCAGUAAGACGCUGGACGCCCUGGUCAUCGUGGCUGGCCUGGUCACACUGGUGCUGGAGGAGGACGGCACCGUGGUGGACACGGAGGAGUUCUUUCAGACCUUAGGGGACAACACCCACUUCAUGAUCCUGGAGAAGGGGCAGAAGUGGACCCCGGGUACCAAGUAUGUGCCAGUCUACAAGCAGCCAAAGAAAUCGGGAAUAGCCAGAGUCACCUUCGAUCUGUACAGGCUGAAUCCCAAGGACUUCCUGGGCUGCCUCAAUGUCAAGGCCACCAUGUAUGACAUGUACUCCGUGUCUUACGACAUCCGGUGCACUGGGCUCAAGGCCUUGCUGAGGAGUGUGCUGCGCUUCGUGUCCUAUGCCGCGCAGGUGACCGGGCAGUUUCUCGUCUACAUGGGCACGUACAUGCUCCGAGUGUUGGGGGACCCGGAGCAGCCGCCUUCGCCUCGGCCUCCGGCCAAGGGCUGCUUCUCCUACAGAUAGUGGGACCCCAGCUGCCGAGGGCCGGGCUGCGUCCAUCCCCCACCCCCCGGGGCACCCAGCGGGAAUCCAGGAUGCUCCUGUGUGAUCCACACAUGUUGGAGACUGCGGUUCCUCUGCUGGGGAGGGCUCCGGAGAUGGAAAGGGGGCUCGGAGAGGCACCAGGCCGGCUGUGCAGCAGGUUGCCCGGGCGGGGAAGAAAACAUGGAGGGGCUUUGAGGGCCACAUGAAAGAGACCAAACACAGGGGUAUCUGAAAGGUAGCCUGACUGUGUAUCAGACCUGCCAGGGCGCUCACCUACUCCAAUAAAACCAUCACCAGAAUGACCA